AUGCAAACCCAAACUAAAACAAUGACUAAAAAUGAGAUAACCCUUCUAUUAUUGGGUGAGUCUGGUGUGGGAAAGUCUACUUUCAUCAAUGCCUUUGUUAAUUAUAUGACUUACGAGACAAUGGCUGAGGCCAAGGAUCAGCCUCACUGUCUAAUACCCGUCUCAUUCACGGUAUCAGAUGAGGAGACCUAUGAACUCAAAACUAUUAAGUUGUGUCCUCACGAAGACCCCAAUGAAAACACUACAGACAGCACCAGAUCGGCCACACAAACCUCCCGGUGCUAUAGGUUCACUGAUGGCAACAUAACUCUGAAUAUCAUCGAUACCCCCGGUAUUGCGGAUACAGAGGGCAUUGAAAGAGAUAAUAAAAAUAUGGAAAAUCUGUUGAACUUUAUUAGCAAUUAUCGUGAGAUUAAAGCCAUUUGUGUGCUCUUAAAGCCUACCGAAGCCAGAAUUGGCGCACUUUUCAAAUAUUGUUUGUUACAGUUAUUUAAUCACUUGAAUAAGUCUGCGGCCGAUAACAUACUGUUCCUCUUCACCAACACCCGGUCUACACGGUAUUCACCGGGAGAUACGGGACAUGCGUUGAAGUCGCUGUUAAACACCCUUAAAAACAAACCGCCAAAUGUGGACAUACCUUGUAAUAAAAGUAAUACAUUUUGUUUUGAUAACGAGUCGUUUCGUUACCUGGCGGCUACUGUUCCUCCAAAUGAUUUGGUGUUUAGCGACGAUUUAACGCAAGAAUAUAUUCGGAGUUGGAAUCAAUCCGUUGAAGAAUGUGCUCGACUACUCCAAUACAUCGUAUCCCUUACUCCUUAUAAUGUGAUGGACACUAUAUCCCUCAAUAACGCUAAACAAAAUAUCCAGCUAUUGAUUGAACCAUUGGUCGACAUAUCGAAAAAUAUCGCCGAAAACAUAAUUGAUUGCGAGAGACAGAUGAGUGUAAUAAAGAAAUUUAAGGGCGACAUACAGGAGCUGAACACGAUAGUAGGCGUUCCUUUCAAAUCAUUGAAACCUAAACUACUGGACAAUCCGUGCACUGCAAUGUGA